AGGAGGGGAGGGGAGGGGGCCCCCGAAAACGCGCUUCCACCAAGUCGGCGAGGGUUUCACGCCGCCGAGCUCAAAAGCUCGCGUCGGCGGCGUCCCUGGCGGCGUCUCCUUCCAACAACGCGCUCCGAUCCCGACGGGAACGCGCAACCGUGUCGUGCGUCACGGUUGCGCGUGUGGUCGCGCGGUUUGCGAAGAAGGGGAGCCGAGCGCGCGCUACUUCCUGCAUCCGCUGGCGAAUGGAAACGAUUGCGAACGGCCGGCCGGAGGUUCUGGAAGGACUAGACGGAGCAAGCGCCCCGGCCGUGUUCACCUCCGAAGGAAACGCGGACUAGUUCGCCCCCCGCCCCCGCCGCCGCCGCCCCCCCCGGAGUGGUUUUAUUGUUUAGGAGGUGGGGGGGUCGUCCGCUUGGCGCCGCGAUGCUGGAGACGCCACCUGGCUACCCUUUCGAAGACAUCCGAGAUGAGGACAUCGAAGUUGAGGAGGUUGUUGGCAGAGGGACGUUCGGCGUCGUCUUCAAGGCGAGGUGGAAAGGAAAAGAUGUGGCCAUCAAGACUAUCGAGAGCGAGAACGAGAGGAAAGCGUUUCUGGUUGAGCUUCGUCAGCUGUCCCGGGUCCACCAUCCCAACAUUGUGAAGCUCUACGGCUCCUGUGACAACCCAGUUUAUCUCGUCAUGGAGUUUGCAGAAGGUGGCUCUCUAUAUAACGUUCUACAUGGUGCGGAGCCCCUUCCCCACUACACAGCAUCUCAUGCUAUGAGCUGGUGUCUGCAGUGUGCCCAGGGUGUUGCCUAUCUGCAUGCUAUGAAACCCAAGGCUCUUAUACACCGUGACCUCAAACCACCCAACCUGUUGCUUGUGGCGGGCGGUACGGUGCUGAAAAUCUGUGACUUUGGAACAGCUUGUGACAUCCAGACUCACAUGACCAACAACAAAGGCAGCGCGGCAUGGAUGGCACCAGAGGUGUUUGAAGGAAGUAACUACAGCGAGAAGUGUGACGUGUUCAGCUGGGGCAUUAUUCUGUGGGAGGUAAUCACUCGAAGGAAGCCCUUCGAUGAGAUCGGCGGCUCGGCUUUCUGCAUCAUGUGGGCUGUCCACAGAGGCACUCGGCCCCCGUUAAUCAAAGACCUCCCAGAACCCAUCGAGAGUCUGAUGACCCGAUGCUGGGACAAAGAUCCGAGCCAGAGGCCGUCCAUGGAGGAGGUGCAGAACAUCAUGAGCCAUCUGAUGAAGUAUUUCCCAGGUUCAGAUGAGCCGCUCCAACUCCCUCACCAGAGUUCAGCUGACAGAAGCGGCUCCUCGUCUGCCACGAGUACAGGGUCGUACGCUGACUACACCAUCAGCAGUAACAGGAGCGAGAGCAGCGCCGAAAACAGGAACUCGCAGGACAGAGAGGAAACCCUGAAAAGCAUCGAGGCCAAAUUUCCACUGCAGUUCAAACCCUCCAAGACGUCCACGCUACGAGCCGGUCUGCCUUUGCCCAGAGUAGCAACUGUUGAGAACCAAUCGGCACGCCCGCACAGUCCUGCUCCCAACACCAGCCAAUCAGAGCAGAGGACACCGCUGAGUCCCACAGCGGUCAAUGGUUUGGACAGCUCCAUUCCCAUGGCCUAUCUGACACUGGAUCAUCAACUGCAGCCGCUGGUCCCGUGUCCGAACUCCAAAGAAUCCAUGGCCGUGUUUGAGCAGCAUUGCAGAAUGGCUCAGGAAUACCUGAAAGUCCAGACAGAGAUCGCGCUUCUUGUUCAGAGGAAGAAGGAGCUGGUCUCUGAAAAGGAGCAGGACAAAAAGGAGCAACAGAACACAUCGCGCCUGGUGCAGGAGCACAGCAAGCUGCUGGAGGAGAACAGAAGCCUGUCCGCCUACUUCCAGGACCUCAAGAGCAAGCUGGCCCUGAUCCUGAGUCAGCAGAAGGAGCACAGCUAGGAAGGCCUGAACCGGUCUCGACCGCGGACGGACCAACCUGCUGCGAGGAGAACUCGGUCCUGGGUUCGGGUUUUUUGAGAGAUUUCAGCUUUCUUGGGGAGUGAAGCCGAAGAGGCAGACGGGCCAACCUGACCUCUUUUCAACUAGAUCAGCCCCGGUUCAACAACAGGUCUGGCUCAUCUGCUGGACUGACGGCACGUCAGACGGAAGUGGGAAAGUGUCUCCGUUGGACUGGUUCCCUGCAGCAGUGCAAAGCGACAACGCAUUUCACAAAACAAAUAACGCCGCAACCUCUCGGACCGCUGGGUCUGAGUCAGCGGUCGCGGCUCGCCAUGGGCGUUGUGGAUGUCAUCACCAGCCGCCUGCAGGGUUUCGAGGAUGAGGAGUCACCUAGCCUGUAAUCUCUUUCACAUGACAUACUUUCCUUUUUUUCUUUUUUUUUUUUCCCCCGGCCUUCAGUUGGGGUGGAACUUUUUUUUUUGUUGCUCAAAAUGGCGGAAAAGGCCGCUGCAGUUUCUUUAUUUUUAUGCUCUCCCUUUUUCUAUGUGUGCACAGUAUUUUCUUUAUCACCGUUCAGCCAAGAGGGAGGAUGCUGACAGUAUGUGCAGGUGCUCUUGGUUUUAACAACAAAUCAUGUAAAUUACUGUGACGAUGAGGUUUUCUGAAGGGCGUCGUCCUCUGGGGACACAACUUCCUCGGUACAAAAGAAAAGCAUUUAUUGAAAAUGGUUCAAUAACUGAUGGACUUUUUUUAAUCUCUGUUUGAUUUAGCAAAUGUGUUUCUAACAGCUUGGCCUUAACGGUGUGAUGACAUCAUGUGUUGAGACCACACACACGGCCCUUUGGUGUCGGUACCUCGGGUUGAGGUCACAUCCGGGGGUAUAUCGUUGUUUCAUUUUUUUUAAAUGCUCUCCAGUGAGGAAGACGAUGGUUUUAGUUCAGCUUGGCGGAUGCAGCUGGACUUUCCACCAGGGGGUGCUGUUUGGUUUUAAGCAUCGGCGGUUCUCUGGAUUUGUUCACAGGUUGCCUUAGGACUCGAACUAUGCAUUAAAAUGUGCAUUAAAACGAGUUCAGUUCUGCUUACUCGCCUGUUCGCCAGGGCCUGUGGUCUCUCGUCACGUCUGUCAUCCCCGGCAAUCUUUGCUACGCUUAUUUUUCUCUUCUUGUAUUAUUUGUGUAGUCUGCUCCACUCUGUGUAAAGCGUCCUUGGGUCCCUUGAAAGGCACUGUAUAAGUUUAAGUUGCUUUUCAGAACCCGACAUGGUUUUGCAGUUCUUAGGUGCACCUUCAAACUGAGCACAUUGUGAAGACGACCGGUUGUGUUGGAAUUAGGAUUAAAAAGUGGCACUGCUGUCUCAUCUUUGCGAAAAGUCAGUGUUGCCGCCUCAGUCAUUUCUGUUGAUCUUGUUUAACAAACGAUUUUGCGUUCUGGGGUGAGGGGGGGGCGUGCGGAUGGCACGGCGGUCUAUUCCGUUGCUUACCAACACGGGGAUCGCCGGUUCGAAUCCCUGUGUUACCUCUGGCUUGGUCAGGCAUCCCUACAGACACAAUUGGCUGUGUCUGCAGGUGGGAAAGCUGAUGUGGGUAUGUGUCCUGUUCGCUGCACUAGCGCCUCCUCCGGUCGAUCGGGGCGUUUGUUCAGGGGGGAGGGAGAAGGGGGGGGGUAGCGUGAUCCUCCUAUGUGCCACGUCCCCCUGGCGAAACUCCUCACUGUCAGGUGAAAAGAAGCGGCUGGCGACUCCACAUGUAUCAGAGGAGGCAUGUGGUAGUCUGCAGCCCUCCCCGGAGUGGCAGAGGGGGUGGAGCAGUGACCGGGACGGCUCGGAAGAGUGAGGUGAUUGGCCAAGCACAAUUGAGGAGGAAAAAAAGUGCGUUCUGUCCCGAAGCCUCGGUAUUGGGUCGCUCCAGCCAUGAUUCAUAUUUCUCAACAGAGCGUCUUGGGUUGGUGCGGCUGUCAGAGACCGCGGGCACUUGGUCUGUUUUUGGUGUUUGCCACUACUGUCAAACUACUGAGUCUACACACAUGUUAAGCAUCGGAUCCACUGAAUAAAGCAAUCAAAGCUUUUUAAACCAGCAUGUAGCAGACAAUGGACUGUGUGUGUUCACAUGUGCUUUUAUUACGCCGCGUGGUUACGGAGACCUAUAAGGUCAUGUCCGAACAAGAUAGGCUGUUUUGUUGGUUUUAUUUUUUUGUGGGGGGGGGGGGCAAAUAAGAUAAGGCUAAACAAUGAGAAGAAUGUUUAAAAUGAAUAACCCAAACACAACCUGGCAGAAAAGAGGGCGAUUUCAUCACUGCACUUCCUCCCACACAACAGCACGUUGUGUGCACAGCUGAAGUAACGUCUCGGGGCAGGUUUACUCAGCCUUUUCUUUGGAUGGCAGGCGUCACUUGUUGUUGCGUGUACAGUUGCCGGUUUGGCCUGUUUGAACGGCGCCCCAAACCGGCGAUGACACAACUCUGGAAGUCAUCAUGACCUCUCAACCCCCCCCCCCUCCCCCCGCCGAGAGGAAGAGCUUGGUUUGCGCGGCACCGCAGAUGACAGCUAAAUCACCCCCGCCGACUCGUAUGAGCAGCUUGUGCGGGCCGCAUCUGCUGAGCUCGCCGUCAUUCCUGGCAUUUUAAGCAGCUGAAGGGGUCUUGCUCGACCAGAUCUCAGGAUUAAGUGCAUGGGUUUUGCUGGAGAAAGUGUAGGUGUGAGUCUUGGUAGAUAUUUUAUCACACCUGUUCAGCAGGGCUGUGUGUUGGUGAGAAUCUGGCGGUACGAUACGUAUCACGAUACAGGGUUAUGGCUCAGUAUAUCGCGAUACUGUAAGAAAGGCGAUAUAUUGCGGUUUCGUACGCCUGUGUUCUUUGUGCUUAUGCUACUUCCUGUCUCGGUUUACGUUGUUGGGUUGGAGUGGAAGAGUCACAUGGCUGAAGAUAGAGUACAACACUGUCAUCUAGCGGUCGUGGGGUUACACACACAACACAUAAUGUUUGUCACGAACCUUUACGUGUAAACAAUUAAAAAUCGAUGU